CAGCUGAAUAUAAAUAGUACUUUACAGGUCACCAUAGUUACCACAGAUGGCCAUUUUGCCACUAAGUCCGAUAAUAUGAGGAUUGGGACGUCGCCUGGGAGAACGUGAUUAAGGCUUCGUACUGUUUUGGCAUACCUAUUAUUACAGUAGAGUGCGAGGUUUACGUUAUUAAUUAAUUAAUUAAUUUUUAUUUAUUUAUUUACUUGUGGUGAGGAGGAGCGACCAUGGGACGCGGAUGAAGCCGUGUUGAGGAUCAGCACAGCCUUCAAACUGGGUCCUAGGUCUAAGAUAUGGCCUCUUACUCAGAGGUGCAUGGGCCGGAGCGUGCCAAGAGCAUGCCAGGCUAUAGUUUUGGGGUGCGCUCCUACCUGCACUAUUUCUACGAGGAGUGUACAUCCUCUGUAUGGGACCAGGAGGACAAUCAGGACCAGCGUUCAUACCAGUGGUGGAGUUCAGGCCUCUGCAAGAUUUCUCUUGCAUUCGGAACGGUCUUGUUAGCUGUGGGGUUGGUGGUGUUGGCCGUGGGCUUUGCCAUUCCAACUCGAAUCGAGGCAUUCGGUGAGGGGGAAUUGCUCUUCGUGGACCGGCAUGCCAUGCAAUACAACCAGGCCCUGAGCAUGUGUGUGCAGGCUGGCACUGGGAUGCUGACCCUGGGGGGCCUGAUGAUGACCGCUGGCCUGCUGCUGUCUGCUUUCUCCAGACCCACAACCAGUCCACAGCCUCCUGGGAAAGAAAAGAAGGGCAUCAUCGGGAGGGGAGGUGGAGCAGAUGGAAGGAGCCCAACAAAUGUUCUCACUAAAUCUCCCAGUCCAGCUGCAGGUGUGCCUGUUGCUCUCUCUAAAGUGGAGAACGUCCAACCAUAAGUAACCUAAAUAAUCCUAUCUCACUGAAGACCUGGAUACACUAGGCCAGUUUUCUCUGAUGCAGUUAUUUGGUGUUGAGUUUGUAAUGUAAAAUGACAUGGGACUUUUGAUUAAUGAAUUCUGGUAAAUUAGAGUUACAAUAUUUUAAGUAAGGAAUGAAACAUGAUGGGGCUUGUUGACACUGAAUCUUAUUGUACUUGUACAAUGAUAUUAAAGGUAUUCAUUCAUUAUAAUCCAUGAUGGCAUGGUGUAAUACCUAUACCAGCACAUCUUGAGGUGUUUUAUUCCUCUUAUACCACAGGAAGUUGUCAAUAAUUCAAUGUUGUGGAAUGUUCAUUAGACAAGUUAGUUCUUCUUAUCACUUACAUUUAGCAGCUAUAAAUAGACAUUCCCUCACCAGCCUCUCAUUUUCCCCUCUCUUAAUAAGAGGUAAUAAGAAAAAAAGACGCAGCUUGUCAUGUUACAGAGAAACCAGAAUCACAACCUCCUCUGAACUGAAGACUUUCCUAUAGUGGAAAACUUACUGAAUAUUACAAAGCGCUUAGAGACUCAUUCUGUAAAUGUUAAAUAAAUACCUGCAGAAUAAAUACUUGCUUCACCAUAUCAAUGAUCAUAUGUUUUUCUUUUUUUAAAUAACAUUUGUAAUCCAUUUAUUAUUAGCCUUGUGCAGUCUGUCUGGUAUGCAAGUCUCUAUGGAGGAAUUACUAUACUACAGAAAAGGUUUUAGAAUGAGUGCAUUAAUAUAAACCUUUGAUUUGAAUUAUAGUAAACAUUAUUGUCAGAGCUGUUAUAGAAAAUUAAUCAGCACUUUUGGAUUCGAGAAUUCUACAGCGCUGUGGUAUAAUAAAGAAUGGAACAUUUCUGCUGCUGCUGUUUCUAUCUGAAAAACAAAUAGAUCUACUGUGGCAGAAAACAAGAACUUUCCAAUGAAAUUUUUAUCAGAAGCAUAUUAUUGUAGUUUGUCUUUGCAGUGCUUUAUGUUUAUUUGAGUGAGUUGGCAGCUGAGUAUAUUUUAAAGGUAGAGUUCUAUAACUGUAAGGCCACAAUUUAAUGUAUGAUAUAUUGUCAGGAGACUCACUAUGUAGGACUGACUUUGUGUAUCCAGGUCUUUCCAAGCUACAGAAAAAAUGGGGUCGAUAUAUUCAAGAGAGAAAAGUGCAAUUGUUUCUUGUGUAAUAAUCUGUGCAGUCUCAAGCUGAUUUAUUUUCUAGUUUUGAUUUUAAAGCAAGGCAGUUAUGAUCAGUAGUUUAUCUUUAGUUUCUGUGUAUUUUAACACCUUAACUCGAACUGUGAAAGCAGCAGUGUGGCUCAGCUCACAGAAACACACACUGUGCAUUCUUGUCAACAUCUCUAUCAUUUAAUUCACAUAUCAUUAUAUUAACUUGUAUUUCAUGUGUAUUGUUUUCUAUGAUUUUUGAUUGCCUUUCAUUUCGUUAUAUAUUUUGUUGAUUGAUGGAAAGGCUUGAUUUGAAGGCUCCUUCCCAAACAUGGUAAAUAAAUUAUCAGCAUGCUCAAA